UGCCGUUUGUUUGUUUCUGUAUUUAUCCCCACCCCUAGGUUAGACGAAAUGCCUGGGGUACUACAAAAUACAUGGAACUCUAUAUAGUAGCUGACAACACGCUGUACAGAAAGCAAAACAAGGACCUUUACAAAACUAAAAUGAGGAUAAUGGAAAUUGCUAAUUAUGUAGAUAAGUUCUACAGAGACUUGAACAUCCGUGUACCUCUGAUUGGUCUAGAGGUUUGGACUGAACAUGAUCAGUGCAUCAUCAAUGAGGAGCCAAAUUCGACUCUUUGGUCCUUCCUUCAAUGGAGACAGAAACUUAAAUCCCGCAAGAAACAUGACAAUGCCCAACUACUCACGUUAGUCACAAAACACACCAACUGUAUGCACAUAUAG